CGAGAAGAAGAAGAAGAACGUUCAAGCGACGUCGCCGAACAUGUGGGCAUGUUAAAAAGCUCGUAAUUAAGUACAUGGGGCAUGACUUCUAAAAAAAAAUAUCUAACCAGCAACAAUGAAACCUCCAUCUCGUCGCCGUAUUGAACCAUCACGCUUUCAACUAAAGGCUACUGAACCAAAACAGACUGUGAGCGUCAGAUCUUUCUGCAAAGGAUGGAAUCGCAAAGAUCAACAGAUCUUUUUGCAUGGUUUGAAGCAGCAGCUGAAUUUUGAAUCUGAACUAGAUUUGACUGAGCUUCAAAAAAGAGUGCCCCAACAUUCUCUCCAAGAGAUUGAGGACUUGAUAAAAUCAUUGAAGUCCCGCGUGGUGCAGAGGGUGUAUCUGCAGGUCCAGAAUCAGAGGAGAGAGGAGCGCAGGGCUAAAGUUCCAAUUGAAUCCUGGGCAGAGCUGGUACAGAACAUCUCAGGAUCCCAUGAAAAGACAAUUACGUCUGCCUUUUCCCAGAUGCUAGAAAUUGCUGCCACAGAGCCCUGCAGCCUGAUGCACUCGGAUCCUCCACACUCUAUCACUAUCCAAACAGCUGCUUACGCCAGUGUUCACCCUGUUCUCAUCAGGCCAAAGCCUAAUGCACAACCUUGGUCUUCCCUCCUUUCUACCAGUCCUGAAGUCACAGUCUUGCCUAGUCAGAACCCUAAAACUUCCUCACAGCCUUCCGGUUCAGGAAUAAGCCCAAAUAUCAGUUCUUCAACCAUAUUAGACUCUUCUGACACUAGUUUCAAUGCUGUUGAUCAUACUAUCAAAUUCCAGCUUGAUAAUGCAUCAAGCAGUUCACUUUUAGAGGCUAACGCAUCUAAAACACCCAUACCAAAAUCCUCACAUUUGACAAAAAGCCCAAGUCAGCUGGAGUCUGAGCAAAAGCUAACAGAAUUCAGUCUGGUUUCCACUGGUCCAGUAUCACCAUCGGCCUCCUUACCAUCAAAAACGCACAGUCCAGCUCAGUUGGAACUGUCAGAUCAAGAUUGUCUACACAGACCCAGAGUGCUGAAGUGUAUUGUCAAUUUUGACAAGAUUUAUCGAUUUAUAAAUGACAUUGAUUAUAAAACAUGCAAUUCAGCCCUUACUUCAAUGGAGAGUGCUGUGCUUUUGGAUAUGCUGAUGUGUUUGCCUGAGGAGCUCCCUUUAUUGGACUGCAAGGAACUUCAACAUCACCUGCUUCAGUUACACGCACAACUCUCCAAACCUGUGAUAAUGCCACCAUCCUCUUCCAGCAUUAACAGGACAUGCUUCUCUCAUGCUAAUAUAGUAGAUUCUACUGCAUUAACAAAACAACAUAGGACGGCUACUGGAGCCUGUUGUCCCUCUGAAGAUCAAACCAGUCAGUCAUCGGUCACGGAAAAAGCAAUAGACAAAGAAGACUGGGCUUCUGCUGGCAUCUGUCCUCUAAAUCCUUUGUUGGUUCCAGUCACAUUGCUGAAAAGACAGUCCCUGGAGUUUAAGAAAUGAUGUGCUUAGCCAGGCUCAUUCAGUUUUGAACCAUUGAGCCUAUCAAUGUUCUUUGUGCCUUGUAUGUUUUGCUUUGAUGUUCAAUACAUGGGCAACUGUUCUCUUUGUGUUGUUCUGGAUGUGUGUGCAUAAAAGAUGCAUGUUUCACUGCAACUGAAAUGACAUUCAAGAAUGUUCCAUUAAAGUUAUUUUAUUAUUACAGUGCAUUACAUUGGACAAAGACAAAAUAGUAAAGUGAAGUUUAACAUUAAAUAACUUUAAAAUAAAAACAUUAAAUAUUAGACUAAUGAUAGAAUAUUAAAUAGCAUGUUUAUAGUACUAGUGAGAAAAAUAUGUACAUUUUUCAAAGAGUAUACACGUUUAAACAGGUAUAAAUAAACCUACUUAUUAAAUUUGUAUAUUUCUAUUAUUAUUAGCUCUGAUAAAUUUGAGGGGAUUAUAGUUAUUUGUUCAUCAGUAGAGAAGGCUUGUUCUUCGUGGUUCUAUCAGCUGUCUGUUUGUAUUUGUAUUGUGUUCAAACAUUAGAGUGGUGUGUAACUAGAUCUCUGUAUAAUCUCCAAGCUGGGGCUGUCUAGUCUGUGGAGAGAGGAAAAAAUACACUGAAAAUUUCUCAAGAGUGCAUAUAGAUCAUUACAGUCAGUUAAGAAACUGGUUUACUAGUUGAUAUUAUUUCUCGCAGAACAAUUUUAAACUGCUUUUACUACAUUGUCUCUUCACACCUACCUGUGCAUGUAAGUGUCUGUCUGUGUUGUCAAUGUUGAGUUCUUGUUGGAUAAGCAAAGUCGGUGCCCCACUUGUCAUACUUCCAUUCAUCCCAUCAUGUGAACUGUAGUCAAAAUAUAUUGUAUCUGGCCUUGUUUCAACUUGUAUUGUCUGAGCACUGUAGUGAGGUGACAUCAGGUCUGAAUUUGAAGAGCUAGCAGCAGUGUCACCAUUUAAAUCCAAACCAAACAGGCCACCGCCUUCAGAGCUGUUAUUAUCCCCUGCUAAUGAGAAUAAAACAACAUCAUGGAGAAAUAAUGCAUAUCCACAAAAAUACAUAAAAAGGUUGUGAAUUUUGGACACAGUGCCGCAAAAUGAGGAAAAACAAUAAAAAUAUCUGCACAAUCAAGCAUUGCGUUAGUUCAGACAGACCAUGACAGUCAGCUUGAAACGGCAUGCCCAUUAUUAUGAUGUGUACCAAUCAAGUUUAGAGAACUGACAUAGUGUUCUUUAAAUUCACAGCUGCCUCAUUGCAUACGGCAUGUUGCAUUUACACACCCACCUUCAUCCCCAGCCCCUCCUUGGCAUGAACCCUGUGGUCUCCUUUUUUCCUCAUUGUCAGCCAUUCUAGAUGAGCAUAUCUAUCUUGCCUUAUCUAUUCUAUAAUUGUAUCAAAAAGUAAAGACGAAUCUGGACCUGACUGAACUGAUAUUAAAACCCCAAAAUUGUAUUGAACUACAGCAAAAGCUUAUUCCUUUUAGCCUAAUAAGAUUUUGGGGAGUUAAUAUCAAUGUGUGGAUAUUUACUGUUAUUUCCUCUAAUACAGUGUCAUUCAUGUCUGAAAUUGUACACAUGUUGCAGAACCAAUCCAGUUUUAUAACUACAGACACCCACGGUACAUGUGGCUAGCAGUGCACAGUAAUGCACAUGCUCUGUGCUUGUCGAUUUCAAAUAAGAUGGAGAAAGAGUGGGCUGCCACUUAAACAGUAGGCAUGGCAACUUUUUAGGAAAAUGUUCCUAUUGCCAAAAUUUGCCUUCAGGGCAGCAGGCCUUUUUUCUGCAAGUUGCUGUGCGUAUUCCACUGUUUUACUACCUUCUCACAUGUUUUGUGAUAAAUCUCUCUCAGGGGCACGGCACAUCCGUGUUCCAUAGUGUGCAAAAAAAACAGCGGCAAAACACAUAAAAGCAUUCAUACUUCGUAUCGUUAUUGAACGUGAUCAAAAUAAGUUUAUUACAUCUUUAAAAUUUACCUUGUAAAUGGACAGAGGAAGCACACAAACCCUCUCGUGAGGGCCACUCAAAUUCUUCAUCCAGCCACUGAUUUAAUUGCUCAGCUUUACUAUCUUUCAUCCUAGAGAAAAUACAAAGAGAAAGGUACACUUGAAUUUGAUUGGUGUCACAGAGCCAUAUUUUAAGAAACCAGUAUUUUGUUUCUGAUGAAUUGCAUCACAUUAAAAAGCAAGCCCUAUGUAAAUGUUACAGACAGUGAAGAGAACAAUAACAUGUUUGUUGAAGGUUUGUUCCUACCUUCGUGCCUUUCGACUUUGCCAGAUAACAUAUAGUCCAAAUAGCACAAUUAAGCACACUACGCAUACUACCGCAGUUCCCACACCAGCAUAAACGUCUCUUUUCCUGAUUCGUCCUUUGCAUUCUGACAUACUAUACCAGUAUGCAUCAUCACAACUGCAAUAUUCAACAAAAAUACAGGCUAGUGAUCACAAUGAUAAAUUUUAAAGCAAACAUGAAGCAUUUUGAUACUUUUAAGCAUUAAUUUAUUUCAGCCUAAAAUUGUCUUAUGUUGUCAUUGUGUAUGUGUCUCACAUGCAAACUGGACCAUUUUCUUCUUCUAGUUGGCAUUUUCCUGUGUUACAGCUCUUUGACCUUGGAUGGUUGACAUCACAAACUGACCAGCACAUAAUCUGUCCUCCUUGCAUAAAUGGUGUGUAAUAAAUACUGAAAUUAUUGACUCCAGUACAUGCCGCUGUUAUGAAAAAUAAAUACAUACAAAAUAAAAAAGGAGAAAAACAUUAAAAGGAGAGAAAAGGUUAAGAUAAAUCCAGACAAUUUUAUGUAAUGUACCUACAACAUAGCAUUUCUAUCCAAGGUUUGAAUGUAUGUACUCACAGCUUAGAUCAAUUUCAGGUGGGAAAUACUCUGGGUCACCUAUGAUUGGAAUCUGAGGACAGCCAUCAGCUCCUAUGAAUGAAGGAACAGCAGAAUGUUACAUGUUGCACCAAUUAGCAGAGGCCCAUUAAAAAACAGAUUUUUGUUAGUUUGUUUUUGCUAAAUAUCUAACAAAACAUUUUAUAUCAAUUACAUAUCUAUUAAUAAUACUGUAUAAAUUUAUAAUAUUUGUUUACCUGUUGUACAGUUCUUGAGUUUAUUAAGAGCUUCUUUUAUUUCGUUGAAGCUCUCAGUAACCAUCAUUGUGAGAUUUUUGUCAUUCCUUAUGGUCACAAAAAUUUUAUGCUCCACUAUAACACUGCCUGGUCUGUGAUGAACAAGUAAAUAUAUUAUUUUCAUGAAACUGAUAUUUCAAAUGUUUUAUACAAUUUUAUUCUAACCAAGAACAUUUGUGAAUGAUCCUGAGCUUGUAUUGUUUGGAAUGUUAUUGAAACAGGCACAAGAAGCCAUAUGACCAGAUCAUAAUUUGUGUUGCUUACAUCCAUGUCUCUGCACUGACAUGCUAAUGUAAUUAAAAUGUUAAAGUAACACAAAGUAAG